AUGGAGUCUGUGGCAAGAUCCCCGCCGCACAUUCCCAUCACUGUCUUCACUGGUUUCCUGGGCGCGGGAAAGACAUCCAUAAUUCUGUCUUUGCUCCCCCAGCUACCCAGCGACUACAGAGUUGUACUGCUCAAGAACGAGUUUGGAGAUGUCCAAGUCGAUAGUCAGUUAGCAAAGCAGUCCAGCCUUGCGGCGGUGAGCGAGAUCCUGAACGGAUGCAUGUGCUGUGUCUUGGUCGGCCAGAUGAAGACCGCGCUGCUGGAGAUACGAGAGAAGUACCGCCCCGAUCGCAUUAUUAUUGAGUGUUCUGGCUCUGCAUUUCCAGCGACACUGGCAUUCCAGAUCAGAGAGCUUGAGCGUGAGACGGAAGAUGACCUCAGGCUGGACGCCAUCGUCACAGUUGUGGAUGCGGAGAACUUUGUCGGUUACGAGGACACAUCGCCCACGGCAAAGAUGCAAGCAAGCUAUACGGACGUCAUACUGAUCAACAAGUGGGAACACAUCUCGGAGCGCGCGCUCGACAUCCUCAUCGACCAUCUAAAUACGCUAAACGACCUCACGCCAAAGAUCAAGUGCAAGGGGCGCGAGGGCGUCGACCCUGAUCUCAUAUUCGGGCUGGACUCGAAGCUCUUCCAGUCGGACCAGGUCCAUCUUGAUGCACACCACCACGAUGAAGUAGAGACGGCCACUGUGUACCGAGGCUCGGAUCCAUCAGUGCAUGGUCAUACUUCCGGGAUGGAGUGCUCGCACGCCGCGGAUGACACGCUUGGAACGUCGCAUGAAGGGGCUCCCAUCGAGGAAGAGCUGCUCAAUGCUGCGUUGCAGAGUUUGUCUAAGGAAACGGUAUGGAGAGUGAAAGGCUUUGUGCGGUUGUCCGCGGGAGUGCACAUCGUCAACUGGGCUUUUGGGCGGAGUGAGCUGACUGUAGGUGGGGACCGUGGAUGCUUGAGUGAGGCCUCGAGUGUCAGACUGACGGUGAUGGGCGAGCGAGGAGAGGUGAAGAGGGCAGCACGGAAAUUGGCGGAAGCGAUAGGUGCGCGAAUAACAUAA